AAAGAUAUAAAGAAAGGGAGAAAAAAAAAAAAAAAAAAGGACACACCUCUUGCAAGUUGCAAGUGCAAUCGAGGCUUAUAAAAGGCUAAAAAGCCUUACCGGCACAGCACAACGAAAUCAAUCAAACCAGUUUUUCCUUCUCUACCAAAGCCAUUAUGAUGGAGAAGGCUGCUUACGACAAUGCUUAUUGCUAUUCCCUCCUUCCCGUCCUCCUUGUCUUCUCCUUGGUUCUCUACUUAACCUCCGCCCACCGCCGCGUAGGUCGGAAACUCCCUCCAAUCGUGCCCGGCGCCCUCCCAAUCCUGGGCCACAUCCGGCUCAUGAGAUCCCCGUCCCACCAAACUCUGAUGGGCCUGGCCCAACAACACGGCCCCAUUUUCACCCUCCGCCUGGGGACCAAACUGGCCGUGGUGGUCACCUCGGCCUCCCUGGUGGAAGAGUGCUUCACCAAAAACGACGUCGUCCUGGCCAACCGCCCGGCCUUCAUCAUGGGGAAGCACAUGGAGUACGACAACACCUCCAUCACCCAGAUCUCCUACUGCGACCACUGGCGCCACCUCCGCCGCAUCUCCGCCGUCGAGAUCCUGUCCAACCAGCGCAUCAACGGCUUCCAGCCCAUCCGCCUCCAGGAAGUCCACCGCCUCGUCGCCAACCUAAGCGGAGGAGAAGCAGGCGGACGGAGGCGCGUGGAGAUGAAGUCCGCGCUCAACCAGCUGGCCUUCGACGUCAUGACGAGGGUUGUGUCCGGGAAGCGGUACUACGGCGGCGGCGGCGGCGGCGAUGACAUGGAGGCGACGCGGUUCACGGAGAUAAUGAAGAAGGUGGCGGAGUACGGCGGGGCCACUAGCCCGGUGGAUUUCGUGCCGUUGCUGAGGUGGUUGGACCGCGGGAGGUACGAGAAGGAGGCGAUGGAGCUGGCCGGAAAGACGGAUAGGUUCUUCCAAGGGUUGAUUGACGAGCAAAGGCGCGGCAAGGAAACCACCAACUCCGCGAUCGAACGGUUGCUCAAGUUGCAGGAGUCCGACCCCGAGAAUUACAGUGACCAGAUUAUCAAAAACCUUGUUCUGGUGAUGGUGUUGGGGGGAACCGAAACCAACGCAGUGACAAUGGAGUGGGCGAUGUCGUGCCUUCUCAACAAUCCCGACAAACUAGCCAAGGCAAGGGAAGAGAUCGACAAGCAAGUCGGGCAGGAACGGUUGCUAGAGGAGUCGGACAUUGCCGGCCUCCCUUACCUUGGGAACAUAAUCUCCGAGACCUUCCGACUGUACCCGGCUUCUCCGCUCCUCGUCCCGCAUUUUGCCUCGGAGGAUUGCGUGGUCGGUGGGUACCUCGUUCCCGCCCACACAAUGGUGUUGGUCAAUGCAUAUGCUAUUCACAGGGACCCUAAUCUUUGGGACGAUCCAAUGAGCUUUAAACCUGAGAGGCAUUCUGCUGCUGCUGGAAAAGUCGACGGAGCUAAGAUUCUGACUUUUGGGAUGGGCAGAAGGGUCUGUCCCGGUGUGGGUAUGGCGAAUCGGCUUGUGGCCUACACUCUUGGGACAUUGAUCCAAUGCUUUGAAUGGGAACGAGUUGGGGAGGAAGAGAUUGAUAUGACUGAAGGCAAAGGGAUCACAAUGCCUAAAGUUAAGCCACUGGAGGCAAUCUGUGUAGCUCGUCCAGUCGUGAAGAACAUUAUUGUUUCCUGAAGUCUGAAGAUACAUGCAUAAGAAAGAUCAGCCCAUCACCACACCCUAUCAUAUAUAUUAAUUACCUAAUGUAAUGUGUGAUUGGCAGAAUAAAGUAUGUAUCGUGGAUUAAUAAUAUUUAAUAAAAAUGCUAAUAAUACUACUAAUAAUAAUAUAUAGGUUUAGCAACCAGCCAGAGGAGGCUUUACCUAUAUAUUUGCAACUCUCAAUAAAUUUUAUGAAGUUACGUUUGUGAUUUGCUGUGAAUGAAAAUGAAUGGGAAGAAAGAUCAAAG